UAGCAACAAGAAUACACGUCUGUGUUGGAUAAAAAAAUUAAAGACCCGCAUAAGUGAAGUUCACAGUGAUAAUACUGUUCCUUAACUUUAAAAGAAAUCGUGUAAAAUAUUAUGUACCUAUGUUAAGUGAAGUGAAGUCAAACAAAAUUCAAAAUGGCGGACAGCGAUGGACCUGUCACAGUCAGUGACUUGCCGAUGACUUUUCAAGUAAAGUAUCUGGGACAAAGCGACGCGCGUGGGUUAUGGGGCAUCAAGCACACGCGGAAACCCGUCGAUCUCAUGGUUGCGGCAGCCAAGGCACUACCUCCAGGUCAAAUCCUGCCUAUAGUGAAAUUAACAAUAACAGUCGACGGUGUUCACCUUGAGACCCACCACCAAGGACCACAUAAGGACGAGUUCGAGCACAUGGCCGUGUUCUUCAAUAUCCAGUCCAUCUCCUACGGAGUCCAGGAUCUGGUGUACACCAGGGUGUUCUCUAUGAUCAUUGUGAAGGAUAAUGCUGAUGUCAAAGGCUUGAAUCCAUUUGAGUGUCACGCUUUCGUUUGUGAAUCCAGGAAUGCUGCGAGGCGCCUAACUUACUCCUUGGCAGCCGCGUUCCAAGACUACUCGAGGAGGGUGAAAGAAAUACAGGCGAAUCCAGAAUCGGACGAACGACCACCAACUCUAAAGAAGAGAUUCGCCAUCGACCUUCGAACACCAGAAGAAAUAGAAGCAGAAUUAGAAACUGAAGCAUAACUCCUGUUUAAAUAUACCAUGUAGUGGGGUACUAUACCAUCUGGGGCCGUAACAAAUUCGUUAGAUGGGGUCCCAGGACAUUCGUCAUGUAGAUUUUUUUAAAUGUUUGGUUAUUUUUGAGCUCAAGGUCUCUCUCGGGCCCCGUCGAGCCAGUCGCCUGUGGCAUUUUGCCAGUACUGCCACCCCUAUAGUUACACAACACACUACAAAAAUUAAAUUAUUGGAAGUUAUUGGUUACACUUAGAAGAUAUAUCUAAAACUUAUUUAAUUAAUAAAACAUUAUUUUUUAAUUAUACCUACAAGUAUUAUAAGAAAACUUUAAGAAAAACUUACACAACAGAAAAAAUAAAUGGUGCAAAGUUUACGUCCAAAGAUAAAUCAUUCCAUUAUUUAUAAAUAAGAUAAAUUAAUGUAUUUUGAUAGUUUAUUAGGUAUACCUAACUUUAUGAAAUACUAGCGGACGCCCGCGACUUUGUCCGCGUGAAAGUCGUUGUAAACUUUCAACUACCCCUAUCCUACCACUACCCUACCCCUACCCUACCCUACCCCUGCCUACCCCUACCCUACCCCUACCUUUCCCCUACCCUACCCCUACCCUACUCAUUAAGGCUGCACUUCUUUAUUUAUUCCCCCCCCCGCGAGUCGCGUCGAGCGCGGCAACCUUUACACAAAAAUAAUCCAUUUAGCAUGAAUUAGUAUUCACACGCAAUGGUUUAGCGUAUUUCUUGUAUAACUUUGAUGUUUCUUUACCGAUUUUUAUGAUUCUUUUUUUAUUGAAUAGGUAAUAAUGUUAACUUUUUUAGUUAGGGAUGAGUGAUGAGUGUUAUAAACAUAAGAGUAGACAAAUAUAAUUAGAAAGCUCCGAAAUGCUAAGUUAUCGGGAGUUACACGUGUUAUUGUGAGUCAACCAUAAAAGAUAGACAUAUAUAUGCUGUUGUGUUUUUAUAGAUCAUUUUAAGGAGAACAUUUCCGUCAUACAUGAUUUCUAUCUAACUUUAACCAUUAAGGCUGUACACGCGACGGAAGCUUAAAAAAUUGAGUAACUUCUCCCGUUUUCUCAACAUUUCUCUUCACUGCUCUGCUCCUAUUGAUUGUAGCGUAAUGAAAAGUAUACUAUAACCUGCCCAGGAGUAUGUAGAAUAAUUGUACCAAGUUUCGUUAAAAUCCGUCGAGUAGUUUUUGUUUCUAUAAAGAACAUACAGACAGACAGACAGACAGACAGACAGACAGACAGACAGACAGACAGACAGACAGACAGACAAAAAUUUUACUGAUUGCAUUUUUGGCAUCAGUAUCGAUCACUAAUCACCCCCUGAUAGUUAUUUUGGAAAUAUAUUUCAUGUACAGAAUUGACCUCUCUACAGAUUUAUUAUAAGUAUAGAUAGUACAUACAUUUUAAGUUAAUCUUAAAUUAAGUGCGUUAAAUAGUAUUUUGUUAUAAUACAUAUUAUAACAUAGAAACUAUACUAGAAGACAAAACAAAGUGCUAGUAAGCGCAGUGUCGGUCGACCCUCCACCAGAUGGACUGACGACAUCAAGCGAGUCGCAGGGAUUCGCUGGAUGCAGGUGGCUCAGUAUGUAUGUAUGAUGUUUGGAAGUCCCUACAAAAGGCCUAUAUCCUGCAGUGGACGUCCAUCGGCUGAUAUGAUGAUGAUGAUGAUGAUGACUAGAGGACGACGACUUCGUCCGCCUGAAAUUAAAUAAUGUAAAAUGACUGACCCAACUUCUUUGCUGUAAACAAUUGAUCAUGAUUACGCCAGAGGGGUUAGUUAAAUAUUUGUAUAAAAUGAAAAGCACUUGAAAUGAACGAAAUAGUUUUCUUUUUAUUACAAUUAAAUAAUUCACACCAAACUGAUGAUAAGCAAUUACAUUACCUAGUAUAGCUUACACCAACGAUCCUGGCAUGUGGAGCUAUACUUUUACAAUAUGAGUUUUAAAGUACCUAACAUACGAGUACAUAACUAAUAUCACAAAAUAAUGCAAUUUUCUUACACAUGUCAAAAGCUUUGGUUUCAAGUAUAUUUAAUAUAUCUUUUAUAAGUUGUUUAUCUAUAUUAAGGUGAUCAUUUGUGAUUUUAGAUUUAGUCAUUUUACUUAUUUAUUAAAAUUAUAUAUUAUUAUUUAAGAAGGUUUGAUGUAAAUAAUAAUAAUUCCAAAAAAUAAAAUCUUUAUUAAG